UGACGCUGUGUGCGUGAUCACCCCUGCCGUUUCUGCAGCUUUUUCCCUCCCCCGCUCUCUCUCACCCACUUCUUCUUCUUCCCCACGCCUCCCCUCCGCCUGCUAAACCUCGGCCGCCGCGCCGUCCGGCCGUACCGGUCACAGCCCGAACCCCCGGAGGCGUCUCCCCGUGCUCCCGCGCCAAUGUGGCCUACGUGGGACGUCCCGCGCUCUCCUGGAGACCAGCCCGUCCGCCCGCUCCUCGCCGCGCCGCCCGGCGAUCGCCACGCGCGGCCCGGGCCCGCGCGCUCGUGGGCCGACGAAGCCGACGCCGCCGACGACGACCCCCCGCUCCCGCCGCCCCCGCCGCUCGGCUCCUCCCGCCCCGUGCGCCUCGUCGACGCCCUCGCCUCCCGCUCCGAGGACCCCGCGCAGGCCCAGGCGCAGGCGCUCCCUCCCCCUCCCCCGCUCGGCUCCUCCCGCCCCGAGCGCGUCGCCGGCUACCGCAUGGACGCCGACUCGCCGCGCAGCGAUGGGAGGAGCUCCAGCCCCGGAGGCGGCCAGGGCGCGCGGCGCCGCUCGCGCUCGCCACGCCAACGCGGGAAGCCGUCGCCGGAGCGCGUGCACGUGCCGCUCCCGCCACCUCCCCCCGUCGGCUCCUCCCGCCCCGUGCGCGUCACCUACCGCUUGGAGAGCGACUCGUCGCGCUCCUCCAGGAGCUCCAGCCCCGCAGAAAUCAUGGGCCCGCCGCGGCGGAGGUCGCCUUCGCGAUCAAACGACGGGAAGAGGCGGCGCAGCUCCCCGCCGAGGAGGUCGCCGUCUCCCGACCCGCCCAAGCGGCCUCGAAGGGACGAUGGGGCUGGCCGACGCAGCCCACCGCGCGGCGGGAGGUACGAGCGCGGCGGAGACGGUGGCAAGCUCGCCGGGCAUCGCGCUCCAGAUGGGCCUAACUCUGGCUAUGGUGCUUCCAGUAAGGUUCAAGAUAUAACCCAAAGAAAAGGAUUAAUGACGUACAAACAGUUUAUCCUAGCUCUUGAAGAUGAUGUUUCACCAGCUGAAGCUGAGAGCAGGUACCAUGAAUACAAGACAGCAUACAUUACUACACAGAAACAUGCAUAUUUUGAUCUCCAUAAGGGUGAUACUAGGUUGAAAGAGAAGUACCACCCGACAAGCUUAUUAUCUGUUAUUGAAAGGAGGAAUGAGUUUUGUAAGGCUGCAGCGAAGAGUUUAAUUCUUGAUUUGCGAAGUGGAACUUUGGACCUUGGUCCUGGAAUGACUGCUGAUGGAUCAAGCAAAUCAGGGAAUGUCAACUAUGGAAGCUCUGGGAAUGGUGAAGAUUAUGGUAACAAGAGAAGAAAGAAUGGAAGAGGUCCCCCAAAAGAACCUGGACCACUUUCAACUGCUCCGAAAGCUCAUCCGGUCAGUUCGAAGUAUCGACGAGUUCAAGCUGACAUAGAUCAAACUCUAGCUUUAGUGCGAAAGCUUGACACUGAAAAGGGUAUUGUUGGAAACAUUCUGUCAAUUGGUGGUGAUCAUGGCAAGCCAGAUGAUGACAGAUCACAUGUUGGAUCCGCAGGGCCUUUAGUCAUUAUCCGGGGCUUAACUACUGUCAAGGGCCUUGAAGGUGUUGAGCUCCUUGACACUCUCCUUACCUACUUAUGGCGUGUCCAUGGUGUUGAUUACUAUGGCAUGUCUGAGAGGAGAAACGCAAAUGGUUUUCGUCAUGUGAGAGCUGACAACAAAAUUGCCGAUGGGUUUAACAUCAGUGCUGCUGAUUGGGAGAAAAAACUGGAUUCCUUCUGGCACGAAAGACUGGUGAAUGGUGAUGAUCCUCUAGUUGUAUUGACAGCCAAGGACAAAAUUGAUGCAGCAACUGUUGAAGCUCUGGCACCUUAUGUCAAGAAAAUUAUGGAUGAGAAUUAUGGCUAUAAGUAUGGGUGUGGAGCCAUGGGGUGUGCAAAAGUUUUCCAUGCUCCUGAGUUCGUUCACAAGCAUCUAAAGCUCAAGCAUCCUGACUUGGUCUCUGUGUUAACUUUGAAUGUCCAAGAUGAUAUCUAUUUCCAAAAUUACAUGAAUGAUCCAAAUGCCCCAGGUGGAAAGCCAGUUAUGCAGCAAUCUGAACAAGACAGCGGCAGAAUGAGAAGAAUACCAGAUGAAGGCGCUUUUGAUAAGCAGGGUUCAGAUGCCCCACUUAUCCCUGACGCCCCUCCAACAGUACUAGUCCCUCUGCCUGGUGCUGGCCCAUUGGGACCAUUUGUUCCUAUAACACCAGAUAUGGCCGUUCAAAUGAUGCGAGAGCAAAGACCUCCAAGACCGAAUGGUGCUCAGCGUAAGAAGAAACCUUUGAUGCCUGAACCAAUGAUGCCCAUGUAUCCGCAUUUUCCGCUUGAUCCUCGUCCUUUGCGAAGGUACAAUGAUCUUGAUGCUCCUGAGGAAGAAGUCACUGCCAUUGACUACAGAAGCGUGUAGGGCGUCUCCAUUUACCCACUCUAAUCCGCUGAUGACCCACAUAGCGAAUGUGCUCCAGCAAAUUACUCGCUGUUGCCGUGGCAAUGGCAACGACAGACAGGGACUGGGAUUUUGUGAAGUCCUGGCGGACGUAUGAUGCCUCGUCAUUUUCUGCAACACCCCCGCUCAAAAUAGCAAGUAUUUUAAUGAGAUUUGUCACCGUGCUUGUUGGAAUGCACCGAAUCAGAAGCUGGAAAAUCAGUAUGAUCCAUCCGACCGCUCGUAUUCACAGUUGGAGUACGGAGAACUUCUAUGUUUGUUUGUACUUUGUAGGCAUGUGUUUGUGGUU